GUGCGCGCGCGCGCUGCGUGAUUUGAUGUCGAUGUUUGGUGAGCUCGCUGCAUGAGUUGACUUUGGGUGAAAGCUUCUCCCGCCGCGCGGGCGCUGCAGCUCCUGGUCCCGGCAUCUCGCUGCAGCUCACGGUGGCGAUGAUCGUGGUGACGAUGGGGGUGAGCGGCUGCGGCAAGUGAGACCACUGUGUCUUUAUCUCUUGCCGAUAAGUUGGGCUGGAAAUUCUAUGAUGCUGAUGACUACCAUUCCGAAGAAAACAAAGAAAGAAUGGCUAAAGGAAUACCACUAAGUGAUGAGGAGAGAAUACCCUGGCUGUGCAGUUUGCAAGAAAUAUUACUGAGAGAAUUUUCACUUGGUGUAAAUGUGAUCCUCGCAUGUUCUUCUCUGAAGAGAAUGUAUCGAAGAAUUCUAAUGGGUGAGCAUAGUAUGAAAAACAGACAAGCAGAAAACUAUACUGAACCAAAUCAGGCACAUUCACAUCUUGACUUUAGCAAGGACAUUUUGUUUGUGUAUCUUCAUGGUUCCAUAGAACUUAUCACUAAGAGGUUAGAAACCAGAAAAGGGCAUUUCAUGUCACCAUCUUUGCUGCAGUCUCAAUUCGACACCCUGGAACCACCAGACGGCACUGAAAAUUUUAUGAGUAUAAAUAUUGAGAAAACCAUUCCAGAGAUGGUGACUGAGAUUGGUAAAAAGCUGGGUCUGAAUCUUUAACUGAUUAUCUGAAGGAAAGCGAUGGUUGUGAAAUAUGUUCCUGAACAAUGAAAUUUGUUGUUAAAAUGGAAGCAAAGCUAUUUGCUUUCAUAUCAUUAUACUGCAAAUUUAAUUAUGUUCCGAGUUUGUGAUAUUACUUUUUUUAAGCCAGAAAUCUCAAAGUCUCACUCUUCUUCACAAUAUUCAGUUUUGCAAAUUUCUCCUUUGCCAAGGGGGAAAAUCAAAGAUGUGAAAUUUAACCAGUUUCUGUAAAAUGCCUUAAUGUUGUGUAUAAAACAUGUGCCACUUAUUCUAGCCUUAUGUAAAUUAAAUUUUAUUCAUAGUUCCAACUUUAAUUCCAGUUUUUAGAUUAGUGUGCAGAUGAAACUGUCAUUUUCCUUCCUGCUUUACAUUGUAAAUUUAAAUUCUAUUGGUUGCUGGACACAUGGGAAAUCAUUUGCACUGAGUUCACAAGCUGCCAUGCUGGGAUUCAGGUUUGGGAUAGGAUCAACACGUCAGACCUCAGGAUAUUAGGUCAGUAAUUUGUCACUUAUCCAAAUUAUAAAAUUAUGCACUUAAGAGUAAUAUGAUGAGACAUAGCUGACUAAGGAAACUAUAGUUCAAUUUCCUCAGCUUUAAACAGUUUUGAUACUGCAAAUAUGUUUCCAUAGUGAGGGAAUUGUAUUAACAGUUGUGAAUCAUUGUCGUUCUCUAUGGGUGUUGAGUGAUUGAUUGUAUAUUCAAAGCUGAGAUGUUUGGACUAGAGUCCAAAGAUCAGUUAUGAUCUUUGACUGGUGUAACAAACUUCGAAUCCUCCUUUAACGUCUAAAGAUCCCACAAACUCAAUUAUAAACACAGCUUGAGCAAACGUGAUAGUUCUAGACUUCCUUGUCAGUAAAUCUUUCUAAUG